UCAGCUGAACAGCAGAGACAACACUGAACGCAAGAACCAUGUCUGGACAAAAGUUCAUGAUUAAGAACAAGGGGUGCGGCAUGGUGCUGGACGUCACCAAGGGCGGGGACGUGGUCGGAUCUCCCGUCGUGCUCUGGGACCAACAUGGCGCCGACAACCAGUGCUGGACCUACACCAACGACCAGAUCUGCACCGUGAUGAAGCCUUCAGGAAAAGACAUCGCCCUGUGCAUCAAGGACCGCACUACUGGGGAGCUGGUCAUGACCGAGUGCAUCCAUGACGCUGCAGAUGGCCGUAUUAAGGACCAGCAGUGGUCGGUGUUCGGAGCUGACGGGACCAUCGCCUGUAAGGACGACACCGACUGGGUCCUGGACUGUGGCGGCCAGGCCAAGGAGGAGCGUAUCGUGGUGAAGCGCCGUGCGAACCCACCAACCAGCAGCCAGCAGUGGGAGUGGGUGCCAUGCUAAGCAAUUACGUCAUCAACCACGUCAUCCAAGAUGGCGGCAAGAACGCAUGCAAGCAAGCGCAUCGCAGUCGAAUUAGAAGAUUGUAGUCAUCUUAGCUUUGCUAAUUUCUUGCACAGCAUUAUUUCAUAUACUGCACUGUGUUAUCGUGAGUAAAACGGACUUAUAAAACACAUUUUAGACCUAAGUCUAGUCUAGUUCUGAGAAGUCGUCUAACUGCAUAAAUCUGUACAAAAUGGAUUUAAAAAUGGAAGAACAUCAAGAAUUGUAUAUUAACAAAAGGUUAAGAUCAAGAAAGAUACUUGGUGUCAAUGCUCAGUUAAGACAGAGUACAUGAAACAGAUGUUACAAUUAUCGCUAAAUAUUGAUAGAUUCCUACCCAUGGUGCUAUAGGGGGUCGCUUUGCUAACGUCAAUAAAGCCUUGUAGCUCACAU